GAAGGAAGGCAGGAAAAGGCGGAGCUUGCGACUUCAAGCCGGUAGGCGGCUGCCUGCUAAUAAAGGAGCAGCUCCUGUGGGGAUCUGUGUGCAAACAGGGUGGAGAUGAAGAUUAAAUCCUUCAUAGGCAACUGCCAUUAAAACUUUGUAAUUGAACUACAGAUGUUGAAAAGGGGAACUGCGGAACGUAAAAAUACCAUCACCUGGAACAUUUAGCUCUUUAAUUGAAAAAAAAAUGAAAGGAUUGACUGAAGAUCACCUGUACCUGGACUACUUUAAUCAGAAUGCAGAUUGUAUCUUUCCUCUCCACACAUCCAUAUCCUUGUUUUUGUUGUCAUACUGUGACUGCAAGACAUUCAGAGUAUUUUUAGUACUGCCAGUUGAAACAGCUUCAGAUGCCCAGCCUAAAGACAAAGUAUUACCCAAGGAUCUGGAUAUUUGCUUCAUCAGAAGAUGUCAACUUCCUUUGGUGGUCCAGAGCUGCUGUUUACCUGCUGUUGUUGAGAAGAAUGGAAGAUUUUGUCGAGCAGGACUUGCUGUGGUAUUGAGGCACAUAGUACAAAAAACAUAUGAAGCAGAUCCAUCAAAGGAGGACAUUUUGGAACUCUUGGGCUUUAAAAAGACCUGCUUGAAGGCUUGUGCUGAAGUUAGUGAAUGGACCAGACUUUGUGAAAUCAGCAUCCCUCGGGCAGUUGAAAACUUUCUGAGAGUGUCUUCAGAUCAGGUUCAGAGUAUUCCGGAGGAAGUACUACAGUUUGAAAAGAAGCUGGGAGAACCUGUAAGAGUACAUAAUGAUGACAAAAUUCGAAGACGGAAAGUUCAACAGCAAAAGACAUUUGUCAAGGAAGCAUGUAAAGAUGUUUCUUCACAAGAGGGAAGAUUAGCAGAAAAUCUGGACUCCCCUCCUGCAGAACUGGAACUGAGUUUAGCUUUAUCCAAAUUAACUGUGCAGAAAACACCAGUUGCUGCCAAAAGGGAGCCCUCUCAUAUUAGGAAGAUGAAAACAUCCGAAUUGCCACUCUUGGAACACAUUUUUGCUGAAGGGCUAUACUUCACUUUGGCAGAUGUAGUCCUCUUUCCAUGCAUCCAUCAUUUUUUUGGUUUCAGCAAGAAACACCAAGAGAACUUGUUAAGAUUGCCAUUGAUAUCUAGUUGGUUCCAGAGAGUUCAGGAAGUACCAGGAAUUAAGAGAGCUGCCGCCAAAUGCAAUAUGCAAUUUUUACCCCAUCAAGGCUCAGUCUCUUUAUCAGAUGAACACAUGCAGUUUAUCUGCACGGCUUCUGAUGAGCCAGAGGAAGAGCAUGAAGACACUUCAUUUAUAGGUGGACCAAGGCCAACCAUGACAAAAUUAAUGAAAAGUGGUAUUGAAGCAACAUUUUCCCCUCAUCCUUGUCCUAGUUGGGCACUAGAUUGGGACAGUCUGCCAGCAGCAGUUAAUCCAGGAGAAGGAAAGAUGUCCAGUGAUCGCGCUUUUAGGAAACAGCAACAGCUCAACAAUAUGGUGGCCUUAGUGAAAAAGCUGGCUAAACCUGGAGAUAAAAUUGUGGAUUUUUGCAGUGGAGGGGGCCAUGUUGGAAUUGUUCUUGCUCACAUACUUCCAUCAUGUCAGAUCAUAUUGGUAGAAAAUAAAGAGUUGUCACUGACACGUGCUGAAGAAAGAAGCAGUGUGCUAGGAUUGAACAACAUUUGGUUCAUCCAAGCAAAUAUGGACUAUUUUAAAGGAGCUUUUAAUAUAGGGGUAGCACUGCAUGCUUGUGGUGUGGCAACAGACAUGGUGAUUGAACGCUGUGUCAAAGCUCAUGCAGCGUUUGUUAUCUCUCCAUGUUGUUAUGGCUUCAUUCAGAACACAGCCAAGUUUGCAUUUCCACAGAGCCGUCAAUUCAAGGAAGUGUUAUCCUAUAAGGAGCACAUGAUUCUUUGCCGAUUUGCUGAUCAGACAGCUGUCCAGCUUCCCUCAGAACGCAGGCAAAUAGGUAAACACUGCAUGGGACUGGUGGAUCUGGACCGGGCUUGGGGCGUUGAAAAAUGCAACUACUCUGCACAAGUGAUAUCAAUGGUACCAGAGACAUGUUCCCCAAAGAACAACUUGAUAGUGGGUGUCCCAAUUUAGUUCAAAGGGCUUUUCUGAUCAAUUUGAAUUAAUAAUCACUCCUUGUGAUCAAAGUCCAGUAACGUUUUGGAGAUACAAACUGCAGCUGUGAAGCAGACAGUACACAUCUUGAAUCCAUUGUCUCCAAAAUAGGGAAGCAGAGAGGAAAGGGGUUGGCAGUGGGGCUGCUUGCAAAGCUUCCUAAAUCCUCCUUGAAAUGCGUGAUUAAAUGACAGCUGGUUCUCAGAGCAGGAAUAUCCCAAAAUGUCCAUCUGCCCCCACAGUAAUACCAAUAAAGUUUUUUUUUUU